AUGUUGGGCGUUACCUUGUAUCCUUGUCUCAAUCUGAACUAUGAUGAUACUGCUCAUGUAUCUCUGUACCCUCCGUGCGAUGGCCGAGCUAACUACGACCUCACCUGGGACACCCACUAUGACUGGGAAAAUUACUUCGAUCAGCUGAUGGAUGCCGGCGUGAAAAACUUCGUCCUUGGUGGGAACUACAUCGUCGAUAGCGAGAUUAGGAGGGGUCCCCCCUUCUUCCCGCCUUGGAGCGAAACCGGAUUCGCAGCACUGAGGAAGCGAGUAGACGCUAAAGGAGGGAAAAUAUACGCCGACCUGGAUCUGUACGAAGACGUCGUUUUCGACAAGGCCCUGUUCGUCAAGAGCAUGAACAACUUCACGAAGCACUUCCCCGUCCAUGGCUUCUUACUGAGCUAUCCUGACUACAGAGGCAACUAUACCGUAAAGGAAGCCUUGGAGACCAUCAAGGAGCUCAACUUUGGCUGCGGAUUUGGGUUCCCGCUUCAUGGCUGGGAUAGGGUAGUUGCGGAUGGAGCGAUAGGAAUCGCGGACAUCCAUUUCAUUAGACUACAGCCCUAUCUCGUGGAAGAUGUGCCAGAGUUCAACACGAACAAGUUCGUCGACAAGAUCAUCGCAAAAGCGACCGCGGCUGGCGUUAACCCCAACACAGUGCUCCUUCGCGUGAGUGAAUCUUAUGAUGGGCAUCAUUGA